CAUCGCCCUGUUCCGUCUCAACAAUCCUGCAGAGAUGAAGUACUUGGUGUUUGUGCUCCUGGUGGCUGCCGCUUGCGCUUCUGAAGUGGAGAAGCGAGAGGCGGAGCCAAGUCGUGCCUACAGCUAUGGUUACGGUCUUCACCACCACGCCUACCCUCACACCUACUACCACCCCUACCAUCGUUUCCACAAGAGGUCCGCUGAGCCUGAGGCCGAUGCCGAGCUUUCCUACGGAGGUUACUACCGUCCCUAUUCCUACGGUUAUCACAACACUCCCUAUGUCCACCACCACUACAAGAGGUCUGCCGAACCUGAGGCCGAAGCAGAGCCCUCUUACGGUUCCUCUAGCUACUACCGACCCUAUUCCUACGGCUACCAAUCACACCACUAUAUUCCAUCCGUCCACCACCACCACAAGAGGUCUGCUGACCCCGUUGCUGAGGCUGAAGCCAGCUAUGGCUACAGAUCAUACCAACCCGUGUAUUACCACUCUUACCAAUACACCCCCUAUACUCACAGCCACUACAAGAGAUCUGCCGAGCCAGAAGCUGAUCCAAGUUUCAGCUAUGGUCACCACCGCCAGUCCGUGUACCGUCCCUACCAUAGCGGAACUCACUAUGGUUAUGGUUACCGCGCUCACCACCACUAAGGUACUGCCCUGAAGUUAUCUUAAGGAGUUUUAUAUUGAAAAUUGAUUUACAAACAAUAAAGUCAAUCUAAACGAA